AUGGCUACUGUUUUGACACGUACUGUUGCAUCAUUCUUUUCUAAUAAUGGGGUCAUCAUCAGUAAAAAUAUUGCAAAAAAGGGAAUUAAUAUUAAAGAAAAAAAUAUUGUUCUCGCAAUUACUGAAAAAAAAUAUAUAAGCGAAUUUGAUGAAAAUGCUAUUUCAGUAGGUGGUGGAUGUGAAUGUGAAUGUGAAAAAUGUAAAUCUUUGAACGAAAUUGACGUUGAAAAAGGAAUGGAGAAUGAUCAGUACGUAUAUGCAAUCUGUCUCACCGAAAUGGGAUUACUUGAUUAUAUUGUUUAUCAUCAUCGAACGACCUAUAAUUCAGAUUCAAACAAAGAUUAA